AUGUAUGCCAAUGGAUACUAUAAAAAAGACGGUUAUGAGAGAGGGCCGAAAAAUAUUUUAGUCUGCGGAAAGCCUAUUCCAGUGACAUCGUACACCUACCUAUUUCUGGUAUACUCGGAGGAAACCUCAGUUAUUAAACUGCUUCACGAAUGCCAUCAGGAAGGAAAUGACUUAUUUGUGUUGGUUCCAGGAUGUCGAGAAUUUGCAAGGCUUCAAAUCCGUCCUUGGUUCAUUCACAACGCCUUCUACAUCUCCAACAAAGCUCUGAACAAUCGAUGCAUUGAUAUUCAUCGUACCGUCUUCGUUGGAGGACUUCCGAGAUUUGUGACAGCCGAGAAGAUUGCUCAAGUGUUUUCAGGAUUCGGAAAGGUUCUACUCGUCAAUAUUGAUAUGGAUGAAAACUAUGGAUAUCCGAAGGGUGCUGCUAGAGUUGCAUUCGAGCGAGAUUCGUCGUUUAAUAGAGCGUUGGAAAAGAAAAAUAUCAAGCUUGCGAGUAUCGAUUCGAGCAAAACUAAUAUCGAGAUCAAGCCAUACGUUUUGGAAGACGUUGGAUGUGAUCAGUGCGGUGGACUUUGGUUCAACCCGUUUCUCGAUAUUUAUAAGCAGUUGAAGAAUUCCGACAAUUCGAGUCUGAACACGUGGGCAUCUAUAAGACAAUUUCUGAACCCAGAGGACAGCUCAGAACUAGAUUCAGCGGGUAGCGAAGCUCGCAAGUUCCUCUCAAUGACGAAAUCAUUCGGUUUGGAUCAAGAGAAAACUGUAAAUGUCCUUGGAAACGAAUACACUCUUGGACCAAGUCUCUGGUAUCGAUUCUUGCCGCUUCCAAGCUUCGAAGGUGCAUUUCAUUCGGUAGAUCUAAUCUCAUUAAAAGAAAACGCAGAAAAAUCGAUCUUACAAAACCAAAAAAUUGAGUCAUUCCUUCCCAUGAAGCGAACCAAUGUCUUCAGUAACAAGAGCUCAUACUGUAAAGAGAGACAGUGUCGCCAGUACUAUUGCCCGUCGUGCUCCAACAAACAUCAUUCUGGACCGGGACUACAUAGUCAUCUGACAGCUGGGAAGCAACAUCCUCCGAGAACAGACAAAAAUAUGUAUCGUGUCAGUCUUGGCAUCUGA